AAUACUCCAAUAUUCUUGCCUAGCUAGUUACAAAUUGCUCAUCCUUUCCUCUAUAAAAGCGGGUACCAAAUAGACUCACUCACUCUUAUUAAAUCCUAGAGAAGCAACACCGACGUAUACUUAUAAAUACAAAUGGCACAAGCUACACGUCAGUCUUCUCUGGAAGGGGAGCUUGAGGUAGAUGUGGAGAUCAAAGCUUCGGCAAAGAAGUACCACCAAUUGCUCGCUGGAAAACCACAUGAUCUUGCAAAAUCCAGUCCUGAAAACAUCCAGGGAUGUACUUUGCGUGAGGGAGAGUUUGGCAAAGUUGGCAGUGUCAUUUUCUGGAACUAUGUUAUUGAUGGGCAGCCAAAGGUGGCGAAGGAAAGGCUCGAGGCAGUGGAUCAGGAGAAGAAUCUGUUAGUGUUCAGGGUCAUAGAUGGAGAUAUGAUGAAAGAGUUCAAGAGCUUCUUGAUUACUCUCCAGGCAACCCCAAAGCUAAGAGGAUCUGGAAGUGUGGUUACGUGUCACUUCAAAUAUGAGAGGAAUGAUGAGAAGGUUGCUCACCCGGAGAAACUGCUCGCGUUGAUUGCCAAGGCAUCCAAAGACAUGGACAAAUUGCUUUUGUCCUAAGUCUAGAGAACUUGUCAGAUAUUCAUACAUCUAUCUAUCUAUCUAUGUUUGUGGGUGUAUUUUAAGAUGUCUCAAUAAUGUGCUCUCUCUAUGAAGAGAUCUAGUCUGCAAGUAUUGCAGAGUUUGUGUUAUGUAUACGUUUGAAGUUGUAAUUACUUCCAAACUGUACUAUGUGGGGCUAUAAGUUUCACCUAUAUGCAUGUUAUGUUUUAAGAAAAUUAAGAAAAAAAGCGUCAGACUU